GUGUUCUCCCAGUUGCAUAAAGUGUUUCCAUGGCGACUCGGAUACAGCAGUUGGCUCAACCCAAACCAAACAGACUAAGAUAUCCAGACCGUCGGUCUGUUUACUGGCUGGAUAAGCUUCCACCAGAAAGGAGCGGAUUAACCACUAAAAUUGAGUUAACCCCCUGCUGGUCGGACUUGUGCAUAAGUAAAAAGUUCUACAAUCAAGUCACAAUUUCUCCCAUAUGGCAGGUCAGUGAAUGGGCUCUUAAGGCCGUCCCGUCCAAACGGGUGUGUCAUCUGGCUCAACCUCGGGCGCCUGCAGCUGGUUGGCAGCCCGCCUGCCCGUUGUCGGUCCCUGUAAGCACACAGACAGCUGUUGCCACUUCACGGAUCUGCCAGCUCGCCCAGCCAAAGCGAAGGCAGGUUGUGGAGAAAUCCAGGCACAAAUCUAAACAUGCUCUCAGUCACCCAGUUGACACAAUCACCUUUGUUGCCCUAGCUCCGAAGAAUGACCACCCCGAGUUCAAAGGAGACCGCCCAGUGUGCUGGUCCAUUUCCAAAGCUGCAAAGAGCUACAUAACCAGCCAAAGACUUCUUGAUCUGUCCAGUCCUAAAGAGAGAAAGGCUCUAUAUGAGGGAUAUGACCCAUACAUGAUCAGCCGGGCAGCCCGAUCAGCCAGCCCCUCUCCCAGAAUACAACAGCUCUGUUUGCCUCUGUCUCGCAAAUGCAGCUCAGAGUAAGAGCAGUGACGGCAAACACCGGUCCCCAGAGAGCUGUUGAUUGUUCCAUUUUCCUUGCCGAAGACUGUAAUCGUGAUGAAGUGUUUUCCUUGUGAAAUAAUGACUAAGCUUUGUUAUUUGUUCUGCUGCGUGAAUAGCUAUGCACAUAGGUAAAAGACUACUGCAACAUCUUAGUUUUU